AUGACAACAAAUGUUGCAUGGUCUCCACUAAGACAUCACGACGGGAUGGAAGCAACAGAUUCAACACACCCUCAAGAAGAGAUUACAAGAUCUUUCACCAAAGUCGACCCAAGAAUAGGACAAGACGAGACGUUCUUCCUAGAGAAUGACGAAAAAGAAUUAUCUCCGGUCCCCCACGAGAAGAGUCAGAUCUCGGACAAGGUACUGGAUUCCAGUUCUUCGCUCAGGACGAUUCACUCGCUUGAGACUCUCAGCCACCAUGUAAGGGAGGAAUUUCCAAGGCGUCAGAUGAAGUCAGUGCAUCAUAUCCAGCAAGGGAUCCCACAUGCGCGGCAAGGAUAUAUAUCCCCUUUUUGUGCUAGCAUCAUGUCUGCACCCAGAGAACCCAAAGUAAAAGCUCCGCUCAUGGACGCUUACGAUGGUACCUCUGAUCCUGAUAUGCAUUUAAUAGCAUAUCGACAUCACAUGUAUGUACAAGGGACUAAUGAAGCCAGCUGGUGCAAGUAUUUUCCCGCCACAUUGAGGGGAGCUGCGACAAAAUGGUUCGAGAGACUGCCAAGUGAGUCCAUCACUUAUUUUGGAGAAAUGGAAGCUCUCUUUUCCUCCCAAUUCAUGGUUCACAAGGAAGAGAAUAAGACAAGUAUGCACUUAAGACGCCUACAACAAGGGUCAGACGAAACACUUUGGAGCUGUGUGAAGACGAACAACAUGGAAGCCGGUCAAAUCCCGGAUUUUCCGGACAAGGCAACCCUCAAUAACUUUGUGCGUGGGUUGAAUAAAGGAUCCUUCAAGUUCGACUUGAUAAAGAAGAAUGUGAAAACUAUGGCAGACGCACUGGACGAGGCAGAAGCCUUCAUACAUGCAACGGAGAUUUAUAGCCACCCGCAUGACAAAAAAAUCAUAGGUCUCAGCGAGUCGUCCAAAUACAACAGUGGCAACUUUACAAACCCAUCUAGCAAUAUUUGGGCCUUGAGCGAGGAAAUGACAGGACUGCGCGGGUUAAAAAGAGAACGUCAAACUGAGGGUAGUAUGAUUGAAUACAACACUGAUUUGGAUACCAUCAUAACGAAGGAAGGAUCUAGGCUGCAGUUAGAGCGGGCAGUUCCAAUUUGGACGCCUAUAGAAGACCGAAGCCCAGAACUAUUUUGUAAAUUCCAUGAAGAAAUAGGGCAUGACACCCAAGACUACAGGAAACUGAAGAAGGCCUUGGACAACUUUGUAGCUAGAGGUUAUCUAAAAUAA